AUGAAGUUCAAGUUUCCCGUCCACCUCCUCCUCAUGAAGCUCAUCCCAGCUAGUGUUGCUGUUCACCAGGUCAAGAACUAUCACGUCAGCACCUUAGCUGAGGCCUCCCCCGUAUUAAGUUUCGCUGGGCCCUCCGCAAUCAAAGUGCCAUUCACCUCUUACAUAGAUCAGAAGAGGAUCUUUGAUAGGCCAGGGAAUAGUGCAACUCCCAGUGAAGCUUCAUCUAGCACUCAACUUGUACCGUCCGAGCAAACCACAUCUUCUACCAGCAAACCAAACGUCAUCCCCUUCGCCGACCUUAACAAGCGGUACCAACAGUAUAUAUCUGGAACCCUUGCCAACUCCUCUCGAAAAUGCUCUGCUAAAAAUGUUCGGCACCGUCGCUCAUGGGCCAAGCUUAGUGAUGACGAUCGCAAGUCUUACCUCAAUUCAGUUCACUGCUUGCAUAAUGGCAUUAGCAGCAAGUUCACUCAGGUUCCUGGUGCUAAGUUCCGCGCGGACGAUUUGACAACGCAUCAUAUUAUAUCAGGUGGCAUAUACGUGUUCACUGGAUUCAUGCUUCCAUUCCACCGCUGGAUGAUCCAGGUCUACGAGGACAUGCUCCGGGACGAAUGCGACUACAAAGGUGCCAUCCCGUUCUGGGAUUUCAGUGAACACACUGGUGACAUUACUAAAGACCCGAUCUUCUCCGGCAAUUCCACAUCAAUGGGGGGCAAUGGUGCUCCAGUACCACGAGGUCAUGGGUGGGUUGAGUUGGACUACUUGAGCGGGAAAAAAUCCGUGCCACCCGGGUCAGGCGGGAGUUGUUUGUUCAACCCGCCCUUCCGGACAAUAACAUACGAGGGCGGAGUGACCUCUUGGGAUGCGAUUAGUUUCCGAGAUCGUUGUCUCACUCGAGAUCUCAACACUUGGGCUGGUCAGCUUCUUAACAUUGCCCACGUGGAAUAUGACCUCUCCUGCACUAACAUCGGCUGCCUCCAGGAGCGACUAAACGGGGCACAGCCAGGGUAUCCCUACCUACUCAACUUGAUGAAUUCGGUUCGAUUCUCUGUCGGAGGACUCCAACUUGAUCCAUUCGCUGCUCCUACCGAUCCAAUCUACUACCUCGCGGCCGCCAACAUCGAUCGUCUGUGGGCCAUUUGGCAGGCCCAGGAACCCAAUGUGAGGGUCAAUCAGACAGGAGGAACCCACAGACCAAUGGGCAUGGGAGGGGCGGUUAAGCCAUCGGACAUUAUGAUCAUGUUAACACCAGGAACCCUUCGUCCUGUUAGUGAUUUCAGCUCUACGAUAGAUGGCACAUUGUGCUACUGCUAUGAGUAGAGUCUGUCAGUUUCGCCUUCUUUCUCUUUAA